UUUAUUUUCAACUGAAAUUUCCCCCCUCCCUCUCCUCUCUCUCACGUAUGUAUGAGAGAGAGCCCACCGUUCUGAACACGCACAAAUUUGAGUUUCGUUUUCAUGGGGACGGGGUUUUAACAUUUUUUAUCUGAUUCUGCUCUUUCUUUCUUGGAUUUCUCUGCUUUUUCCGAUCACAAGAAAAGAAAUCCAUUAAUCAGCGACGGCCCUCUGCAUUUUGGCUAUUCUUUUGGCAGUUUUUUUCGAUUACGCCCUUUUUCCGUUUCUUUCAAUUCGUUGUUCAUUCUUGUGUAGGGGAUCCGAGGUUUAUCAUCUCUUUUUGUUUAAAAGUCAUUUUCUUUUGGGGGUUGGAUACUCCUUCCCUGAUUCUCCGUACACUUCAGAGUUUCUGGCAAUGCAGUAACCCUUUUUCUGUUUCUUUUCAAUUCAUGAAUGCGGUUUCUUGAUCAUAGUUCCUCAGCCAACCCCCAAGUAAUUCUUGAUUCUUGCUGUGAAAUCUUUAUUGAUUGUUCAGGGCUCUGAUUAUUGUUUAACGUUUCAUGGACUAAAAGACUCUACCUCUUACCGAUCUUUAAUCGAAGAUGAAGCUUUUAGUCCGUGUAAUUGAAGCGAGAAAUAUACCGGCCCUGGACCCAAAUGGAUUUAGUGAUCCAUAUGUAAAACUACAGUUGGGAAGGCAAAAAUUCAGGAGUAAAGUUGUAAAAAAGUGCUUGAACCCAUCAUGGUGUGAGGAGUUCACUUUUAAAGUUGAUGACUUGAAGGAAGAGCUUCUUAUAUCUGUUUUAGAUGAAGACAAGUAUUUCAAUGAUGAUUUUGUUGGCCAGAUCAAAUUGCCCGUCAGUCAGGUUUUCGAAGCCGAAGACAAGACGCUUGGCACUACUUGGUACACGUUGCAGCCUAAGAAUAAGAAGGCCAAGAACAAGGAAUGUGGUGAAAUUCUUCUAACCAUUUGUUUCUCCCAAAAUAACACAUUGUUUGACGUGCCAUCCGGUGAUCAUGUAGUCUUGCCAAAAAAAUUUGCUGACACGACAUUGGAGUCAACUUCGAGGUCUUCCCCACGGAGAACAUUUUCUCCUAUGAGAUCAGAAGAAGGUGUCUCUUCUAAGGAGGAAAAAUGGCAUGGAUCAACAUUAGCUGGUCGAAUUGCACAAAUGUUUAAUAAGAAUGUGGAUUCGGCAUCCAUUAGUUCUACUGAGCCAACUGAUGCAUCAGAAUUACCUGAAAGCAUGGACUCGGUGAUUCUGGAGCAAAAGUCUGAAGAGCUAGCUAUAUCAGCUGAUUUUGAAGAAAUAUUGAAGAAUAUGGAGGUCAAAAAUCAAGGAGGUGAAGUUCCAAGUAGUUUAUCGGGAGGGGUAGUUCUUGACCAAUUGUAUGGGAUAGCACCUCGGGAAUUGAACACAUUGCUCUUUUCUUCUGAUUCAAACUUUUUGAAGUCUUUAGCAGACAUACAGGGAUCUACAGAGUUACAAAUAGGAACCUGGAAAUAUGAAAAUGGUGGUGAGAGCCUAAAAAGAGUGAUUUUGUAUACUAAAGCUGCAAGUAAAUUGAUUAAAGCUUUGAAAACAACAGAGGAGCAAACAUAUUUGAAAGCUGAUGGAAAAUGUUUUGCUGUUUUAUCCUCUGUGAGCACUCCAGAUGCUCCAUAUGGGAAAACUUUUAAGGUAGAAGUGCUUUAUUGCAUCACUUCUGGGCCUGAGCAGCCAUCAGGAGAACAGUCUUCUAGACUGGAAGUCUCUUGGCGAGUUAACUUUUCACAGAGCACUAUGAUGAAAGGCAUGAUUGAAGGCGGAACGAGACAAGGUAUAAAGGAAAGCUUUGAGCAGUAUGAAAAGUUGCUAUCUCAGACUGUGAAGCCACUUGAUAUCAAAGAUAUAGGCUCCGAGAAAGAUCAGCUUUUGGCAUCUCUUCAGGUGGAGCGUCAAUCUGACUGGAAGUUGGCAGUUCAGUAUUUCGCUAACUUUACAGUAAUCUCUACCAUUUUUAUGGGGAUAUAUGCACUUGUGCAUGUAUGGCUGGCUAUGCCUAGCACAAUUCAGGGUCUUGAGUUUGUUGGGUUGGACUUACCUGAUUCCAUUGGUGAAUUGGUAGUUUGUGGAGUACUGGUUCUACAAGGGAAACGGGUGCUGGAGUUGAUGUCUCGCUUUAUGCAGGCCAGAGCGCAAAAAGGUAGUGAUCAUGGGAUCAAAGCACAGGGGGAUGGCUGGUUGCUCACGGUUGCUUUAAUAGAAGGAAGCAACUUGGCUGCUGUUGACUCGAGCGGGUUUUCUGAUCCUUAUGUGGUGUUUACUUGCAACGGGAAAACAAGAACCAGCUCGAUCAAGUUUCAGAAAUCUGACCCUCUUUGGAAUGAAAUUUUUGAAUUUGAUGCAAUGGAGGAUCCACCAUCUGUGUUGGAUGUGGAAGUUUUUGAUUUUGAUGGCCCUUUCGAUGAAGCUACAUCUCUUGGACGUGCUGAAAUAAACUUCUUAAAAUCUAAUAUUUCUGAUCUGUCGGAUAUCUGGAUUCCUCUACAAGGAAAGUUGGCUCAGGCAUGCCAGUCAAAGUUACAUUUAAGAAUUUUCUUGAACAAUAGUAGGGGUGGCAAUGUUGUCAAAGAUUAUAUAACUAAGAUGGAGAAGGAGGUGGGCAAGAAGAUAAGAUUACGUUCUCCUCAAACAAAUUCAGCAUUCCAGAAGCUUUUUGGGUUGCCUCCCGAGGAAUUCCUCAUCAAUGACUUUGCAUGUCACUUGAGACGGCGAAUGCCUCUCCAGGGCCGUCUAUUUCUUUCAGCGAGAAUAAUAGGGUUCCAUGCAGAUUUAUUUGGUCAUAAGACAAAGUUUUUCUUUCUCUGGGAGGAUAUAGAAGACAUCCAAGUCAUACCUCCUACUCUUUCAUCAAUGGGCAGUCCAAUCAUCAUCAUGACACUAAGACCAGGAAGAGGAUUUGAUGCACGGCAUGGAGCGAGGACACAGGAUGCAGAUGGCCGACUGAAGUAUCAUUUUCAUUCUUUUGUGUCUUUCAAUGUGGCACACAGAACAAUCAUGGCACUCUGGAAGGCAAGAGCCUUGACUCCAGAGCAGAAGGUACAAAUUGUAGAGGAAGAAUCUGAAGCUAAUGGCAUCCAUACUGCUGAAGAGGAGUCCAUAGCCAGAAACCUCCAAAGCUCCGAAUUUGAAGGUGAGGCUAAAAGUCUUCAAGUAGUAGAUGAAGAAUCUGAAGCCAAAGGACUGCAUACUGAGGAGAGUGGGUCGUUUUUGGGCGUUGAGGAUGUGAACAUGUCUGUCGUUUAUUCUUCUGUCCUAUCUAUUCCUACUAGUUUCUUUAUGGAGUUGUUCAGAGGGAGUGAGAUUGAUCGACGGGUCAUGGAGAGAGCUGGAUGCCUCAAUUAUUCUCCCAGCCCUUGGGAAUCUGAGAAGCCGGAUGUUUAUCAGAGGCAACUUUAUUACAAAUUUGACAAGCGUAUAUCCCGAUAUAGAGGAGAAGUGACUAGCACUCAGCAGAAGUCUCGCCUUCCUGGCAAAAAUGGCUGGCUCAUAGAAGAGGUCAUGACUCUUCAUGAGAUUCCACUUGGCGACUAUUUCACACUUCACUUAAGGUAUCAAGUUGAAGAUUUACCUUCAAGAUCUGUAGGUUGCAACGUCCAAGUAUAUUUUGGAAUCGCGUGGUUGAAAUACACCAGACAUCAAAAAAGGAUCACGAAGAACAUCGUGUCAAAUCUGCAGGAUCGCCUGAAGGUCAUGUUCAGUGUGCUGGAGAAGGAAUAUGUUUCAGGGACAUAAAUCUCCCUCAUGGUCUUGAUUUUAUUGCCAUCAGUGCAAGCAGAUUGAAAGAAACUUGUUUGAGUCUCUUUGAGCAUCUGUAAUUCUGCCACGACAAGAAUGAAACUGGACUAGGGAAUUCAGUGGAGACUGGUUUGUUGCACAGCUCAAAUGGCAACUGGACUGGCAUCUGAUUGUACAUAGCGCAAUAACGCUGACUGCACCGAACGUAUUUAAGGGCACAUCCUGAUGGGGCCCUGAAAGAUGACCAGUUUUGGGAUUGAGAAGGUUGCAACUGUGUACUAUCAAUUGUCAUAGAUAUUCUACUAUACUUGACUAUUUGCUAUGGUCUGAUUUGUUGUACCAGUAGCAGGGGUUACAAUCAUACCUCUUGUAAUUUGUUCUUUCUUCUGUCUCAAGUUGAAGAUUUCUUGGAAUGUAUUCCUAUACGGGCGUCGGUGUAACAUCAAACGGUCAAAUGUGAAGGAGAAUUCUUUCUUUCUUUCUUCCCAGCAAUGGCAAUGGGGCGGAUUCUGAGGGCA